GGGGUCGGAGGGGUCUAAAGAGAUUGAAUUUCAACAGGACAGCAAUCCCAAAAAAUUUCAAGACAGACAACGUGAGGCAGCAAGGGACAGGACAGGAUCGUGGAUGUUCCCUGAGCAAACAACUGGAAGUGCAGGUUGUGUACAAGCUGGCCGGAAAGUUUAGCUGGACUGUCAGUAGACCUCUGCGUGAGUGUCGAUUGAAGGUAGACAGCCAAACAAGGACUUUGUGUAUAUGACAGACGGACAUGAUGACAGAAAGAAAGACGGACAACCUGAUGAGCCACGGGAGGCACACAAUGUGAUUUUUCAUCCUGCCAUUAGUGACUGUCAGCAGCUAUUUUACAUUUAUUUCAGAUACGGUUUGCUUUUAAGUCCAGUUGUUCUCCAAAUUCUCAGGAGAGUGGUUUGCCUCGUUCCCCGGUCUGGGCUACUUAAAGGGAUGGACAGCAGUGACCCACAGGAUGAUGAAAGAGGAAGCAUAAGGAAAGAGAAUGAUGGAGAAAAAGAUAAACAACUGAAGAACCAGCUCAACAGUGAGGAAAAAGGAGAGAAGGAGAUCAAAGGAAAUGAGAAGGAGAAGAAGAAAGAGAGCCGACGUUCUGGGUCUCUAUGGAGGAGUGGAUGGGCUUUGAGUGAAAGACUCGCCAUCAAUGUUUCAGGGAUGCGUUACGAAACUCAGCUCCGCACCUUAGCCCAGUUCCCUGACUCCAUGCUUGGUGACCCCAGGCGGAGGUCACGGUACUUUGACCCGCUGCGAAAUGAGCUCUUCCUGGACCGCAAUCGGGCCUGCUUUGAUGCCAUUCUGUAUUUUUACCAGUCAGGCGGGAGGCUUCGCAGGCCAGCAAACAUACCCCUGGACAUCUUCAUGGAUGAGCUGAUGUUCUACGAGCUCGGAGAGGAAAUCAUGAACCGUUUCAAGGAGGACGAAGGUUUUCCAAAAGAGGAGGAGAGGCCGCUGCCGUCCAACGAAAUCCAGAAAAGACUGUGGAUGCUGUUUGAGCACCCUGAGUCCUCAUCGGGUGCACGUAUCAUAGCCAUCAUCAGUGUUAUGGUCAUUGUGGUGUCCAUCCUCAUCUUCUGCCUGGAGACACUGCCUGACUUCAGGAAUGAGAAAGAGUCACGAGAGGAAUAUUUUUACAGGUACCACGCCCAGGCAAAGAAUGUCUCCGAGAACAUGCCUCUUCCACAAAGUGUUUUCCAUGACCCCUUCUUCAUGGUAGAAACCAUGUGCAUAUGCUGGUUCUCCUUCGAGCUCGUCAUGCGCUUCGCUUGCGCCCCCAGCAAGACGCACUUCUUCAAGGAUGUCAUGAACAUCAUCGAUUUCAGUGCCAUCCUGCCCUAUUUUGUCACUCUGGGAACAGAGCUGGCCAAGGACAAUGAUGCAAGCCCAGCAACAUCCUUGGCCAUCAUCAGAGUCAUCAGGUUAGUGAGGGUGUUCAGGAUCUUCAAGUUGUCUCGUCACUCAAAGGGCUUACAGAUCCUUGGACAGACAUUGAGGGCCAGCAUGCGUGAGCUGGGCCUGCUUAUCUUCUUCCUGUUUAUUGGCGUCAUCCUCUUCUCCAGCGCCAUCUACUUUGCUGAGGCUGACCACACCAACACGGCCUUUAUCAGUAUACCACACGCUUUCUGGUGGGCAGUUGUCACCAUGACCACAGUGGGAUAUGGUGACAUGUACCCAGAAACAGUGUGGGGUAAGCUGGUGGGCUCAAUGUGCGCCAUUGCUGGCGUGCUUACCAUCUCACUUCCAGUGCCUGUCAUAGUAUCCAAUUUUAGCUACUUCUACCACCGGGAGACUGAGUGUGAGGAUCAGACGGAGUACACCCAUGUCAAGACAUCACUCUGGGAAGAUGAGGAGCCAGAAGGGGAAGAAAUAGAUGAAGGGGAUAGGGAUCCAGAGGGGGAUUAUUAUGCCAUUGAAGGCAUCUGUAACCCUCUGAAUGGGACUCUGCUGGGUGGACUGUGUACAGGGCAGAGCACAGAGUUCAGAGAGGGAAACUUGUAUCUGAGAGAGCCACUGGUCACUCAGGUUUAAUGAGGGUACAUUGUACACUUGUCAAAACAUAGUAGGAAGAGACUGAAAAGGAUGAAUGAAAAAAUAAAUAAAAAAAGUAAAAAGAAGCACAUGUGGCUAAAGAUGAGUUCGUCAAUCAGAAAUACAGAUCCUGAAGAGAGAAACUAGCAAGAAGAAAAUGACAAACAGAAACUGG